UAGUUUUCUACAAUUGAUCAUGUCAAUUGUAUCAAACAAGAGGAAGUGAUUUAAAUUAACGUGCUACUAUUUGAAACAAUUUAGAUGAUGAUCAACGAAAGUUUUCCUCACCUAAACCAUUUACAAUUAACCCAACAAUCAAAUCUAAUCAAUUAUGAAAGAACCGCUUAAAAAAAGAUGAACCAAAAAAGGUCAUGAGCAAGUAACACAUGGAACUGGUAAUAACUUGUUUUCGUAAUCAGAGAUUCCAAUUUUUAAUUAACAUUUGAUUAUCAUUCUUUGUUAAACUAAUCAUUAGGAAGAGUUGAUUAAUCUUCCUUUUGAUUUCUGUGUGAACAUCGUCAUCAAAUCAGUUGGUUGGAUCGUAAUUAAUUGCUCAAUUGAAGAUGUAAAAAGAUCACUUUGUCAAUAAUGUUUCCAAUUGGAUCUUAUUACUGUUUACAUUUGGAAAAUUGUUGAUCAUCUUGAUUACGCUUCUUUCCAUACAAUCAACUCACAAUUUACUAAUUACUCCACUAAUUUAACUCUUUAUCCAUUCAUCUAUCGCUGUGAGGUCUCAACCAAUUUUGUUUUUUCCUCUCCAAUCAAAUUGAUUGUUAACUAAUUGUUAUCGCUCUUGUGCUCCCCUGGUAUUCUCUCUCUCUCUCUCUCAAUACAUAUAAUAUCCUGGAAAAACUGUGAUUCCACUCAAUCAACAAUUCUGGAGCCCUUACAACCCAUUGAGUUGACAGGUAAUAAUCGUCGACAUCAAACUAACCAUAAUCACCAUCAUAUUUAUCAACAAGAUCAGUCAAAUAUGUCGAGGACUUCAUUCCGAGAGAGAAGGUUAAUUGUUGAUUUAUUCGUGAUCGCCCUGGGAAUUAGUAGUUGGGUUGAAAUUAAUGGAUUAUGGAUGCAAACACCAAUAUUAACAACCCAAUUACCAGAGAAAUGGAAUCUUGCUUCAUACAUUGUCUUAAUUACCCAACUUGCCAACAUUGGUCCAAUUACUUAUGGAUUAUUGAGAAAACGAUUAAAGCCACACGAAGGGACAGUUAUCCAUGUGACCCUUUUCAUUGGCACUUUAUCGUCAAUCCUUUUAGCCAAAUUUUGGAAACACACAAUUAAAAUUGGAUCAGAUGAACACAGUGUCCCUUUUCUGGUACUAACUGGACUCUUGGCCGUUGUCGAUUGUACCUCGUCGGUUCUUUACCUUCCUUAUAUGGCCAAUUUCAAAUCUAAAUACUUAAUGUCAUUCUUUGUCGGAGAAGGUCUUAGUGGACUAUUACCUAGUGUCGUCUCUCUUUUCCAAGGUGUUGGUGGUAAUCCCAAGUGUGAAACCUCAGUAAUUAACGGAACUAUUCACAAAUUUGCAUCUUAUUCGGAACCAAAGUUUUCAGUCUCAUCAUUUUGUAUCUUUCUUACGGUUGUCAUGCUGGUCAGUUGGCUAUCCUUUACUCUACUUAACUCAUCUCUGUGUCAUUCCGAGUUGGCUAAUGAGAAAUUAGUUAAAGAUGAUGAUCACAAUUCUGAUGACCAACAAAUUAAAAAUCGAGGUGACAACGAGUCACCUAUUUUAGGAGAAAAGGAAACAUUUAAAUUGACUCGCAGUCGAAUACGUUAUUUACUAUUUCUUCAAGCUCUUAUUUCCGCCCUGACCAAUGGGGUUUUGCCCUCCCUUCAAAGCUACUCUUGUGCUCCCUAUGGUUCAUUAUCCUACAAUUUAGCGGUUAAAUUAGCUGGAUUAGCUAAUCCAAUUUGUGCUUUUCUUGCCUUUUUCUGGAAAUCAAGGAUUAGUCUCAGAAUGAUCAACCUGUUGACCACCGGUGGUCUAUUGUUUUCCCUUUACACCAUAAUUCUUGCUGCUACAAGUCCUAACCCUCUUCUGGUUUCAUCUAGAUUUGGAUCAUUUUUGUUAAUUGUUGCUUGGGUCUCUCUUACCGGAACCUUUUCUUAUACCAAAUCAUGUAUCGCUUCAGUAUUUCGUGAUUUCUCAAAGCGAGGACAAUUAGCCCUCUUUUGGGUCGGUGUUUACACCCAAACAGGAUCAGCAAUCGGAGCCAUACUUACCUUUAUUUUACUUAAUUUCACACAUAUUUUUAAAUCGUACAAUCCCUGCCAAUGAUUGUUAAUCAUCAAAGUCCAUUAAUCAAAAACACCAUCUCAAUUUAUCCAAAAAGAGACCAGCCUUAUAUCAUUACGAUCACAAAUCGACAUGAAACUCAAAUCAAAACCAAUUGAUUGGCAUUUUAUCCAAUCAAAAAGUCAACAAAUUUGUAUUAUCUUUGUCUUUCCUUAAUAAUUUAAUCAUUUUGUAGUUAAUUAAUGUUAAAGUAUUGAUUGAUUGUAAUCUAAUGGUAAUUGGUUGAUUAAGUUUAUGUCAUGAAGAUGUUAAAUUAAUCAUCAAUCGCAAUUAACAUUUUAGAUUAUUUUGUAUAGUUGAUCUUAAUUAAGAGUGAAGAAAACUAAUCAUUAUUAUCAAUAUUAUCAAUUAAUAUAAACAUUUUCUUUAA